AUGGGCAACCAGAAUUCCAGAGAGAGCGGUGGUUCCGGCUCCAAGAGCUCCGGCUCUGCCGGUGCUGUCGACCCGCCCCUCCAGUCAUACCCGUCCUUCAGCAGGUCCGACACGAAGGACUCGUCGCGAUCUUUCCGCUCCCUGCGAUCCAAGAUCCCCGGCAGCGGCAAGACUGACAGCCCGAGGAACUCGACCAUUUUAGCCAACGGCGAUGCAACAAAUGAUUCAAGCAAAACCGACGCCGCCUCAGUGCGGUCCGGCCGGAGUGGUAGGUCAAGCGCAUCUCGUUUAAGCCGAGGCGACCUCCCGUCGCUCAAGCAUAACCCCACCGACCUCUCCACCUCGGACUCUGCGAUUCAAGAGGACCAACCUCCGCCUUCCCCCAUCCAUGGUUCGGCCAAGGGCGGCAACCAUGAUGUGAGCGCUGCCCAAGCCUCGGGCGAGGUUGACCACGUCUCCGACCAACCCCCCUCUGCCCAUGCUGGUGUCAACACCCAUAUGCAAACUCCGGGCCAAUCCAUCUUGGUGAAGCGGGACAAUGCCAUCAAUCCCGUCCAUAAGCAGAUGGACCCCGACGCCAAAGGCGAGACAAAUUCCAAUGUAGCCAUGGCUGACAUCAAAGAUAUUGACCUCGAUGACUUUAUUAAGCGUCUUCUUGAUGCGGGUUACGCCGGAAAGGUGACCAAAAGUGUUUGCCUCAAGAAUGCCGAGAUUGUCGCCAUUUGCCAGCGUGCGAGAGAGGUGUUCCUGUCUCAGCCUGCUCUGCUGGAGCUAGACGCCCCUGUCAAGGUCGUCGGCGAUGUCCACGGACAGUACACGGACCUCAUCCGAAUGUUUGAGAUGUGUGGCUUCCCGCCCAUGUCCAACUACCUCUUUCUGGGUGAUUAUGUUGACCGGGGGAAGCAGUCGCUCGAGACCAUUCUGCUGCUCCUCUGCUACAAGCUCAAGUUCCCCGAGAACUUUUUCCUUCUCCGCGGCAACCACGAGUGCGCCAAUGUGACCCGAGUCUACGGGUUCUACGACGAGUGCAAGCGGAGGUGCAAUGUCAAAAUUUGGAAGACAUUCGUUGACUGUUUCAACACGCUGCCGAUUGCCGCCAUUGUUGCUGGCAAGAUUUUCUGUGUCCAUGGAGGUCUCUCCCCCGCCCUCAGCCACAUGGACGACAUCCGAAACAUCGCGCGACCGACUGAUGUGCCCGACUACGGCCUGCUCAACGACCUCCUGUGGUCGGAUCCUGCAGACAUGGAACAAGAUUGGGAAGCUAAUGAACGAGGAGUCAGCUACUGCUUUGGAAAACGCGUCAUCACCGACUUCUUGGCCGUUCACGAUUUCGAUCUCAUCUGUCGCGCGCAUAUGGUCGUCGAGGACGGAUACGAAUUCUUCAACGACAGGGUGCUGGUCACCGUCUUCAGCGCUCCAAAUUAUUGUGGCGAAUUUGAUAACUGGGGUGCCGUCAUGUCGGUUUCUGCCGAGCUUCUCUGCAGCUUCGAGUUACUUAAGCCUCUUGACUCGACAGCUCUCAAGAGUCACAUCAAGAAGAGUCGCAACAAGCGACAGCACAUGCUGAACAGCCCUCCGGCCAUGGUUCAGCCCCAGAGCGUAUAA